GUCGUACACAUUGUUAUUGUGUUAACUGUGCAAACUGAUCAUUACAAGCGCUUUGAGCAUUAUGAGGAUAAACUGCCUGCAUGUCAUACGCUGAUGGUCAUCGCUGGAUUUUUAAAACGUAACCCGCACAUUAAGGCAGACCAUAGAUAACUGCAGCUAUGUAAAUGUCUCGCGGCACUGGAGCGGAAUUGAGAAACACAAGGACCUAAUUUAUCACAAACAAUGACGAUACAGCGGACGUACAGAUUAUAACCUUUGCUCAGCCCCAGAUGCCUCCACUCCCUCUUGACGAGCGCAUUGUGGUUAUUCAGCGCCCUAAAAGUUUGGCCUUGCGUGUGGCCUCUCCUCCAACCACAUCACAGUCUUCCUCACACCGCCCAGGCACUCACAACGAGCCUCCACCCCGCUUACCACAACCCCAACCCCCACCACCCCGUUCCUAUCCAGGUUCCAACUACCUGUCUCUAGAAUGCAAGCGCAGGCAGCCGUCCCAUGUUCAGAGAGAUAAAGGGGAACGAGGUGCUCUCUUUGAGGAGAGCGACCACAAUGCUAGUCAUUGUCACAGCAAUGGGACUGUAACUUUAGGUCCCAGACCUCACAAGCACACACAUACCAUUGACAUUAAAGUGUCUUUGGACAAAGGUGGAAGAGGUGGAUCUUACAUAGAAAAAGGUCGCAGCAGUAGUCUUACCCGAAGUGGAAGCAUCAAAGGGAGCAGAACUAAAAGGGUGUCCCUGCACUUGGAUUCUGGGCAAGGCGACAGAAAAUGUAAAGGAAAGUCUUCCGAGUUAGUGGAGAAGCAUCAGAACCAUCAUCAGAGUCAAAACAGGACUCCGCACAGUAGCCAUCUUACGAACCAACUUACAGUAUCUCCUGGAGGAAUAUUGGAGUUUGUACCAGCUCAAAGACAGCAGUUAAAAUCCAAACCUACAAGAGAGAGAGAUUUGUCUUUAAAGUCUUGCUCUGCAACUGCCAGCUACCCAUUGCAUAGUGAGAGGGACGCAUCAUCUAUUGGAAACAAAGAAAACUCCAAACUGGGACCCGGCCACCAGCUGCCCCACACCCACAGCCUAUCCCGUCACCACAGUUCAGCCCCGUUACCUCAUGCUGCCAUCCUAAACCCUCAGUACCCUGCUGUCCCACCCUCACUCCCUUCCAGAGCCCCUUCCUCCUACCAGCACAUCAGUCAGCCCCGUUCGUCACGAAUUAGAGAACAUCGGCCACAAAUUCUUCACGCCUUGCCUCUCUCACCUACAUCUUCCCGGGGAGGCUUCCCCAGUCCUGACCAUACAUGUACGAUUGACUUUUCCCACCCCUGUGGCUGUUGGAGGUUGGUGCGUUGUAGAAGAGGUAGAGGUCACACGGCUGGCUGCCACAGUCAUAAUACAAGCCCAUCGUCUUCAUUUUCCCACGCCCAAGGAACAAGUGCUACCAACGGAGGUGGCGGAACCAUGGGACUGAAGACUUUAGGAGGGUGUCUAUCAACUGCUUCCACCACCAACACCUCCUCUUCCAACAGCACUGUCUCAGAUUGUCGUACAGGACUGCUUAGACCUUUAGGUUGUGCAUCCUGUUCUGGGGAGGCGGGAGGCUUUGAGAGCCCUGCUGCUUUCCGUAAGAAACUGGUUGGGGGUUGUUUACCCUGUGCCCCCUUGUCCUCAUCUGCACCUCUUCGAGCGCUCCAGAGUUGCGUCAGUGGGUGCAAUCCUAAAGCAAGUCAAACUGGCAGCUCCACAUGCAGCUACUGCAGUAGUGACCCCAUUGUAGUUACCUUUAACCCACACAGAGGGAAUCCUCCUAACAUGGGCCACAAUAUUGGUGCACACACCAUGGGAGGAUAUCAGCCUGAUGAUGACGAUUACAGUGUACGCACAAUUUGGCCAGAGGAACUAGCAAAGAAGAUGACUCGUUCGAAAACCCAACCUAUCCACCACAAUUCAGGGAUGGGCUCAGGGAGGACCUGCAUGGGCCACAACCAAAAUAGUGGCAAUGGUGGCAAUCCUGUAAUCCUUGACUGCCGGAAUCUUAUGGAGUUCACUCGUUCCCAGUUAACAGAUCAAGCAGGAAGAAGAAGGCUCCAGCAAGGCAAGAUGGCAGUUUUAGACUUUAUUGGAUCAGGGAGUAGUGGGGACCAGGGCAGAGAUUCCCUCAAGAGGCUAUGGAACAAAGGAGCAGAUGCUUGCAUGGGGGAUGGCAACGGGUUUGAUGAUGAAGUGCUUCCACAAUCCCCAUCCCUGCGCUCUCCUUCUCCAGAUUCGCCUCCAUCCCUUCGCCCCCCACCCUCUGCUCCUACCACACUUAUCAAGCCUAAGCCCAAACAGAGAGAGCGGGAAGGAGGACACACCUUACCCUCCACACAGUCGCUCCACUUGGUCCUGAACUCACUCAACCGAGAACAAGAUGAGGAAAAUGGAAGAGUGCACCUUUCGCUCCCUCUUUCCUCUUCACUCCCAGCAUCACUGUCUGAGGAGAGUGUGAUGACCCCUGAUGUGGAGAAUGCUGUGAUUAGUCCCAUCCUACCUUUCCUUUUUCUGGGCAACGAGAGAGAUGCACAGGAUCUGGAUCUACUUCUUCAUCUCAAUAUUGGUUUUGUGGUCAAUGUCACCACCCAUCUUCCCCUCUAUCAUCUGGACACAGGCUUGGUGCGUUACAAAAGGCUCCCCGCUACUGACAACAGCAAGCAGAACCUGCGACAGUAUUUCGAAGAGGUUUUUGAGUUUAUCGAGGAAGCUCACCAGUGUGGACGGGGUGUUCUUGUUCACUGCCAAGCAGGUGUGUCCCGCUCAGCAACUAUUGUCAUUGCUUACCUGAUGAAGCACACACUCAUGACCAUGACUGAUGCCUAUAAGUAUGUGCGGGGCCGCCGACCAAUAGUGUCACCCAACCUCAACUUCAUGGGCCAGCUGCUAGAGUUCGAGAGGGACCUCAACUCUGGGGUAACACCUCGAAUCCUCACCCCCAAACUGAGUGGCCUGGAAACACAAGUUUAAAACUGUGGAGCAUGGAAGACAAAUUAAAAAAGAUAAAUUAGUGAAGGUAAUAAUGGAUUAGAUUGAGAGUGAGAUUAAAUAUAAAAGCAGUUUGAGAUUGAAGACAUAGAGAGAGAUGGUAGAAAUAACAAAAGAGUCUCAACGAAAUAACGGAACGUAGUCAAUUUUAAUUAAAUUAUAUCCACUCUUAAGUCUUUCGGUUUCAUAUAAAUAGCACUUACAGACAGUUGGCAACCAACUCUUCUAAUCUGCUAAUGAUAUGUCAAGUUUUAAUCCACAAUAAUAUCCUGAUUUGCUUAAAUUAGUAUUACUAUUAUGAAGCUUGGCUAAACACAAAAGUUGUCAAAGGUAUUUGGAGAAAAAACAACUGCAAUCAAAGAACUCUCUGGCUGUCAAGCGCAGAAGAAGAUCCAAUGUUUUGAGACUCUCAGAACUGUGACAUGCAUCGCAUUUGAGACCCAAAAGCUGUAGCAAACUUCAAACUCCUUUUCCACUGUGCACAGAACUUUUCUAGACAGAGUAUAUUUUGAUUUCGGUGAUCAGUUCAAAGUGCUUUUUUUGGGUUACCUUCGCAUUAGCUGCCAACUAUUUAUAAAAUUCUCCAAUGACAUGAAAUUCAUUUUGCCUUUGAAUUUUUUUUGAUACAGCUAUUUUUGUUACUUGAUUUUACAUCUCGCAUCCUUUAUCUUUGGCGUCUUUGUGUGGGAUGUGUGCAAUAGAGACUGAUGAUAAUGUUGAUGUAGAAGUGGAAGUGAUUUCAUUUAUAUUUGCACAGACUAAGUUUUACUAAUGGACAUAUUUUUCAUGGGGCAUGAACCAGCCAUUUUAAUGGCAAAUGAAAUCCAAAACCCUUUUUUUUGUAUUAUUUGCUUGUGAAAUCGGACAGAGGGCAGUUUGUACUAAGCACUGUGCUAUGAAAAAACAUUUUAAGAGCAAAUAGAGAAAACAGAUUACAAUUUUUGUUUAUUAUUCUUUUUUAUUCAACUGUGAUUUUACUUUGUGCAAGCAGUGCAAUGGCUUACAUUUACACAGAUUUAUUUUUGUGUGCUUUCUGUAUGAUUUAUCCCAGCAAGCAUUUUUUGUUUUUAAAAGAUGUCUAAUAGACGUCUAAACAUAGUCCUCUUGGCCAAAACAAGGCCAAACUUGAGCUGUCAAAUCUAAUAGACGUCUAAGAAGGCCAAAACUAAACUAGUCGUCAAAUAAACAGAAAUGAAUGACUACACAUAUUAAGUCUGUCUAAUCUGUCUAUUUGACUAUUUAAGUUUUCUAGUUUUCUACUAGUCUAGUUUUGGGCUAUUCUUAGAUGUCUAUUAGAUUUUCACUGACAGCCCAAGUUCAGCCUUGUUUUAGCCAAGCUGUAUUAGCCAAGCUCUAUUAGAUGUCUAUUAAACACAAAGUUGUUGGCUGGGAUUGCUUUUUUAUGCUGCAUAUGAUGUUAAGGAAUUAGGAGGAGAAGGAUGUUGUGGAUUCAAAUAGCAAGCUGUUUCAAAUUGUGUAAUAUGGAAUAUCUACACUGUUUAUUACUGUGCAGAAUUACUGUGAUUGGAGCCGUCCAAGCCAAGUCAUCGUCAUGACCCUCUCUCUCUCUCUUCAGAUUUGUUUGGAUUUACAUUUUAGACUUGCACAUCAAGUUGAUAGGUAGAUAUGUGUAGUUCAUGCAAAACUUUGCAUGACAAGUGAAAGUGUGCAGGUGUAGCUUAAAGCAUUGAGUGUUUGCCUACCAUUUUAUAUUCUGUUCGCUGCUCAAAAGGAUAGUUGACCCAAAAAUGAAAAUUCUGUCUUUAUUUACUCACACUGUAAAACCCAAAAAGUUAAGGUAACUCAAACCAUUUGUGCAAACUGAUUGAAAUAAACCAUUUAAGUUCACUAAAUAAUCCUAAUGAGUUCUGUGAACUUAAUCCAUUUGAGUAAAUGAGGCAAUUUGAGGACAGUAAAACCCAAUAAAUGAAGAGAACUAAAACCAAUUGAGUACUGUAAAACCCAAUAAGUUAAGGCAACUCAAACCAUUUGAGAAAACUGAUUGAAACAAACUAUUUAAGUUCACUAAAUAAUCCUAAUGAGUUCUGUGAACUUAAUCCAUUUGAGUAAAUGAAGCAAUUUGAGGACAGUAAAACCAAUAAAUGAAGAGAACUCAAACCAAUUGAGUACUGUAAAACCCAAUAAGUUAAGGCAACUCAAACCAUUUGAGAAAACCGAUUGCAACAAACCAUUUGAGUUAAAAAACUAAUCUAUGAGUACUGUGAAUUUACUCCAUUUAAGUUAAACUAAUGAGGAUUAACUCAUUAACUCAUUACCUUCAACGCUGAGGUUAAAACUAUUUUCAAAUAAGUAGAAUUAACUUUCAGUAAAUUUUGAGUUAACUACACUCAUUUCAUUUGAUAAAGUUGACUGUUGGGUUUUACAGUGCAUCUUUCACUUGUUCAAAACCUGUUUGAGUUUCUUUGUUCAACACAAAAGAUUAUAUUUUAAAAAACCCAUUGACUUCCAAAGUAUUCCAAACUAUUGAAGUCACCAGCAUUCUUCAAAAUAUCUUCUUUUGUGUUCAACAUAAUCAACAGAAACUCGUGAAGGUUUAAAAAAACAACACGAGGGAGAAUAAACGAUGAGGUCAUUGUCAUUUUUUGGGUGAGCUAUCCCUUUAAGAAAAGUGAGCACCCCUUAUCAGCUGUAAUGCCUGUGCUAUUUUUAAACAUCCUGCCUAAUUUGCCCAUGAUCAGAUUUUAGUGCUCUCAGGACUGUAGGCAAACAGUCUGGUUUUGUAUUAUGUACCACAAAAGGAAACCAGAGCCCCUUCCUCCAUUUUGAUCCUUUGUUUUCCUAUACGGUAGCUUCAUGAUGUUCUCUAAGAGACUAUGCAUUAUUAUGUGAUAAAGGCUUGGUUCGGUCAGUUCACUGUGAAACACAUUCUUCUUCCUACAUAUUGUCAAGUUCUCAGCCUUGGUCCUCUCAGCCUCCUCUCAUCAGUCUUGACAUGCGGGGAGUUUGUCUGCCGUCUCGGAGCUCUUAUCUGCCUCACUGAGCCAUUGGGCCUUCACACAACGCUGCUGCGUCUCCAUUAAUCUGCUCUGCCCAGCAGCGUGUGACAAAGUAUACUAUUUUGCAUUUCAUACGCUUUGGUUCAAGCCUUCCUACAGUAACGACACAUGAAGGUGUCUUCUUAUAGGCGCAAGAUCACAGAAAUGUUCUCAAAUAUGUCUGAUUCUAUAUGGCUUUUAUGUACAACAACCUCAGUGCCGUAGCUGUGUUAUUUUAGGGUCAGCCGCUGCUUUUAUUUGUCAUACAUGAUGCGCUGACUGUUUUAUUCGCUCUCUCUCUCUCUGCUGACUGUGUUUUUGUCUGACACUGUAGCUUGAUUAUACCCAGAGGAAACGAUUAGGUAAGCAACACCUAAUAAAUAGGUCUCAGUGAGGCGACAGAGCAAUGAGUAACCAGACGAUUCUUAAGCUAAAAGCAAGUUAGUGCAUUUGAAUUGGCCACACACCAUAGCAUAUUGCAUUGAAAUGGUGUGAGGUGGAAUUUAAAGAGAUUGUACACAGUUGCGUGGUCUGGUAUAUAGAACAUGUGUUUUCACACCACACUCUCAUAAUGAUUCAUAACUAAUCUGCAUUUUGGCGAAUUAGUGGCAGAUUUGUUCAUUAUUGUUUGUUCUUUUUAUUAUUUAUCUAUCCCAGCAGUUAUGCUAAGGGAUUAUUUAAAUUACUUAUGGGUUUUUUUUGUGAAAUUGGGAUUGUUUCAAAAUUGUAUGUACAUCUGUCGAAGAACAUUUGAAAAUGUAAACUUUCUCUGGAUUUAUUAGGUAUGGCUUUGAGUAAAAUGUUAAUUUUUGUUUUAUUCUAUGGACCCUUUUUACAUUUCCUGGUUUCUCAGUAGCGGAAGUCAUCAUAGAUGGGUAAACUUGUGAAUGGGAGAGUACAACAAAUAAUUUUCAUGAUUAGGGCUGGGCAAUCAAUUGAAAAGUAAUCGAAAUCGACAUUUAGAACCUAUAAUCGAUCUAAUUUUUCCUGGUCAAUUUUUUCAAUUCCUUUUCCUACCACAUGUGGAGCUCCCCUGCUCUGUUAAGGCUGAAUUACACUUAUUAUGUUAUGAUUUAUACUUAUUAUGUUAAUUAUGAUAUUAUACUUCUGGCAAGGGCACAUGUACAGUCCAGCACAACCUUCCCAUACCCGCAUACCAGUUAAAAACAACUUAUUUAUACUAUACAUCACAACAACGCGUAGCGCAAGCUUUGUUAUUGGUCAUUUGGUAGCUGUGUUCAGCGUUGAUUUUCAAUAAAUUCAAUUCAUCUUUAUUUCUAUAGCGCUUUUAUAAUGUAGAUUGUGUCAAAGCAGCUUCACAUAGAAGUAAAUAAUCAUAGAUAGCAGAGAGUGUGUGUUGACUUAAAUUAUAACCCUAACGCUAAAAUCAAGUAAUGCACCCUACAUUCAAAAAUCUCUCACUUGUAAUAUGUGAGCACAUUUACUGUACAAAGCUUGUCAGUGAACUAUGAGGACAAAAACAUUAAAUAAAUAAAUGUAAUAAUCGGUCAUUAAUCGUAAUUGAGUUAAAAUGUUCAGUUAAUCAAGAUUUUGAUCUUAGGCCAAAUCGCCCAGAAAAAAAAUUGUGUGAGACUGAUAACCAGAAGAGAAAACCAUGUCAAAUUUACUGUGCUGUCCAUAGACACUGCAUUACAAAGCGUUGUGUAAACUGUAAUUUAAUUUUGUAAUUUGAUACAAAGAUGAUAUAAUACAUACAGUACAUAACACAUAUAGAUAUACAUACAUUAAAAAAAAUUCUAUAUAUUAAACAGUUUUAAGGAUUUAAGAUGAUGAUGACCAUUAAAUGCACCAUAACUUGCCUUGUGAAAAGGAUGCAUAAAGGUCUGAUAACAUUUUCCCCAAUUUUACAUAAACAUAUUGUCAUUUAGUGCAUUUUCUUUUCCAGAAACUGUAAGUUGGUCAGAAUAACAAAUAUUUCUUUGUGAUUGAAAGUCAUGUUUAUUCCACCAAAUGAUUUGGGAUGAACCGAAUUAAUUCAUUUCUUAACUGUAUAACAAAUAUAAACCUGUCUGAAAGCAUGGCAUUUGUCAAUUCAUGCAAAUGAAUGCUCUAAAUGACAAUAUUUGAAUUUAAAUUUGGAAGAAAUUAUCAUCAGUGGUUCACAGAAUGAAUAAAAAAAUGACGUUUUACACAAACACAUGUCUAUAAAUCAUAAAUGCAGAGAAACUGAGAAAUUUUAAUUGGUCGUUUUUCAGCCGAUUCGAAUGUUAUCACUCGAUUGAAUGGGCUUUAUCAGUGGUUAUCAGCUGAUAGAUAUGGGCCAGUAGGGGCCUUCUGCGCCUACUGAUAGGUUCAGAAGGCUGUUAUCAUCCAUCCACAUGGUUAAUCAGCUAUAAAUCACAUACGGCUGCAACCGGAAGUUAACGAGAAUUAUUUAUAUCAUUUAUUAAAUUUUCCAUUAAUUGUAUUUUAUUAACGUCUACCUCUACCCCUACCCUAAACUCAACCAUCACAGUAAUGUUAAAAACAGAUUUGGAUCUGGAGUCUUCUCUAUUAUUGUAGCUGAUUGACCACAAUAACUAUUUAUAUUAUUUAUUAAAUUUUCCAUUAAUUGUAUUUUAUUAACGUCUACCUCUACCCCUACCCUAAACCCAAUCAUCACAGUAAUGAAAAAACAGAUCUGGAUCUGGAGUCUUCUCUAUUAGUGUAGCUGAUUAACCAUGAGAAUUAUUUAUAUUAAUUAUUAAAUCUCCCAUUAAUUGUAUUUCAUUAACGUCUGCCCCUACCCCAACCCUAAACUCAACUCUCACAGUAAUGUAAGAACAGAUCUGGAUCUGGAGUCUUCUCUAUUACUAUAGCUGAUUGACCAAGUGGAUGGAUGAUAACAGCCUUCUGAGCCUACCAGUACUGGCCCAUAUCUAUCAGCUGAUAACCACUGGUAACGGCCAUUCAAUUGAGUGAUAACAUUCGAAGCGAGUGCUUUUUUUUGUCCUUGUUAUACUUCCUUAAAUUGAAAUGUGCUACCUCAAUUCAAAUCUCUUUAUUAGAUACAAUAAAUUGAAAAAAUAAUCACAUUCAGCACGUUCUCAAUUCAGCUAUGAGAGCCGCACAAACCUUGCUAAACAUAGAUGCUGCUGAUUAGCAUUUAGAUUAAUAAUAUGGCAUUUUAAGACUUGAAUUAUUGCUAUGUAUAGAGUAUAAAUGCUAUUCUUCAAUGUUUGGCAUCCAUCUUUUUCCUACUUUAUCGUUUACCAUUUCACUAAAACUGCCAGUUGCCCCUUUCUUCCCCCUAUUUGCAUGAGUAUAUGUAUAUAGAGCGUGUUUUUAGAGAAAAGAAAUGCCAGGGAUGCCUUUUGGUACAUUAAUUGUCUUCCGAGUCAAUGUAGCACCUAUCAACAGAAAGAAUUUGAAGCACUUGGAAGUCUUGUAAUUGUUUGGUUUGGAUUUGCCCUCUGUAUUAGAUUUGUUUGCUCAAAAGUGUGUGUGGACAUGAGAAUUGAAUGGUGUGCGUGUGCUAGAUAGGUUAAGAUGCGAGCGUAAUGUAGUUGGAACUUUCCUAGCAUUUCUAUCAAGAAACCCAACCUCAGGCCUGUUCAUUAUCCAUUGGCACACCUCAAGCUUCGCCGUAAGCUUGCAUUUGUCGAUGCCAUGAGCCACUGCUGUAUGCCUUCUUUACCCUGGAUUUGCUCUUCCAGACAUUGUAGGGAAAUUUACCUCUUUGUACAUUCAAUCAUACCUUUCAUUGUAGAAGUAAAUACUGCAUAAGCCUACCAGAAUCACCUGGCAACACUGAAUGAAUAGCUCUGGACAUCUUAGACAGGCGAUGUUGCUGUUAGCUGUCCACGUCUUGAGAAUCUCAGUGUAUGAAAGCUGAAUUUGUUUAUAAACGUGUGCAAAGCGUCAAAACUGGAUACUAUAUAUGACCAGUAGUACUUCCUGUGUUGAAUAAUCUUAUAUACAGUAUAUGGUUUGCACAUAGAAAUGAACUAAAUGUGACGUUUUGUGUAAAAUUUGUUGUAAAUUUGUGAAUUGAUUCUUUCUGUGACUUUAUUCAUGUAUGUAAUGCUUGUUCUUUUUUUUGUUUUUAUAAUUAUGGCUAUUAUUAUUCUCAUUUUUGUGCCAAAUACUCAAACGAAGGUUGGCUUAGAAGGUUGGCAUCUUAAAAUUGACAAAAAGAAGUGCCCUCCAGUAUAAAACAUGUUUAAACUGCUCAGUUAUCAGUGUCUUACCUUGUUUUUUGGGCGAUAUGAUGUUGUCAUACUCUGUUGCUGUAACUUUACACUUUACCUGCAGAUUUUCGCACCCACUAAACGGCUAAAUUGCCUAUUGAAGAUGUUAAAUUUUCAUAUGUUGGUUUGUUUCGUUUGAUCAUGGCAAUUCUAUCAGUGACUCUUUGCAUAGAGGUUUAUAGCGUUCCCUCAAGGGUUGUACUUUGAUGUACUUUGAAUGCAUGUUGCUUCAAACUGAACUUCCAGUCUUCUCUUCCCUUUCUACUGACUCAGCCGUUCUCCCCUGUGAGAGUUCAGUGCCCACGCUGCUUCUGAAAGAAGAUGGACACAGCAGCCUGUGCUAGUUUGACCAUAUACUUGUGUGUACUUUGGUUUUUAUCAAUGACAAACGAUGGGGCUUCAUCUUUUUUCCUCUUUAAAACUUUACUGUGAGAGACUGUGAUACUGUUGUGAAGCAAAAAUGAUGUAAGGCUGAUCCUUGCCAGUAAUGACUAUGAGAAUAACUUACCUCUUUAACAAACAAAAAAAAAGAAAAGAAAAUUGGCUUGUAAUACAACUGUUCAUCAGUAUGAUGUUCUC